AUGCCUCGAGGGCAAGACUCUUCUGUGUCAACCAGUGAGAAGCCCAAAGUUGAUCAGGCAGUUGAUUCAAAUGAUGACAGGCGCAAACAUAGGAGGGGUGCUUACUUGUUACUGGGAUUGUUGAUAAUAUUCCUUCAUGGAUCAUGGUCUGUUUAUCAGAUCCAGUUUGGAAGCCUUCCUUUGCCCCUUGAUGCUGAGCAGGCUGGCAAGAGGGGGUUCUCUGAAGCUUCGGCGCUUAAGCAUGUUAAAUAUUUGACAGGCUUGGGUCCUCACCCAGUUGGUUCAGAUUCCCUCGAUCGUGCUAUCCAGGUUGUUCAUUCAUGCAGCCUACUUUCACAGUUCCAAUCAACACUUGGGUCUUCUAUAGCAGAAAAAAUAAAGAAGACAGCUCAUUGGGAGGUUGAUGUUCAAUUGGAGUUGUUUCACACAGAUAUAGGCGCAAAUCGUCUAUCUCGUGGUCUUUUCAAGGGAAAAACUCUCUUGUAUUCAGACUUAAAGCAUGUGCUAUUGAGAGUUACUCCCAAAUAUUUACCAGAAGCUAAGGAAAACUUGAUUCUGGUUUCUUCGCAUAUUGACACUGUUUCGACAACGGAAGGUGCUGGGGAUUGCAGUUCAUGUGUGGGAGUCAUGUUAGAGCUUGCACGGGGAGUGGCUCAGUGGGCACAUGGGUUUAAGAGUGGUAUCUUGUUUUUAUUCAAUACUGGAGAAGAAGAGGGUCUUGAUGGCGCCCAUAGUUUUAUAACUCAGCACCACUGGAGAAAUUCAGUAAGUUUUGCGGUUGAUCUGGAAGCUAUGGGUAUCGGUGGGAAAUCCACACUCUUCCAGGGUACUGACCAUUGGGCAUUGGAAAGCUUUGCAGCUGUAGCCAAAUACCCAUCUGCUCAGAUAGCUUCACAGGAUGUUUUUCAUUCUGGAGCAAUAAAAUCUGCUACCGAUUUUCAAAUAUAUGAGGAAGUUGGCCGUCUUCCUGGACUUGAUUUUGCAUAUACCGAUACGACAGCUGUGUAUCAUACGAAGAAUGACAAGAUGACGCUUCUGAAACCGGGGUCUCUUCAGCAUAUUGGAGAUAACAUGCUUGCUUUCCUACUCCAUUCUGCAGCAUCUCCAAAAUUUUUGAAAGAUGCACAACAACGGAAGCAAGGAAACACAGAACAGGAUAAAGCUGUUUACUUCGAUAUCCUGGGAAAGUACAUGGUGGUCUAUCCACAGCGACUUGCUACCAUGUUUCACAACUCAAUCAUAUUGCAGUCACUUCUAAUAUGGGGAACAUCAUUGCUUAUGGGUGGACACCCUGCACUGGUGUCCUUUGCAAUAUCAUGUUUGAGCAUCAUUCUAAUGUUGAUAUUUUCUAUCUGCUUACCAGUUGUGGUAGCAUUUGCUCUGCCCUACAUAUGUCUGUUUCCUGUUCCAUAUGUUGCGAACCCAUGGUUAAUUAUUGGCUUAUUUGGUUCACCUGCACUGCUUGGAGCAUUUAUUGGUCAGCAUAUUGGAUUUAUUCUCCUGAAGAGGCAUCUUCGACGUGUGUAUUCCAGAACAAAACCAGGCUUAACUCUUAGCACGAUGGAAAAUGUUAUUGACCUGGAAGCUGAGAGGUGGAUUUUUAAAUCUGGUUUUGUCCAAUGGCUAAUAGCUCUGAUACUAGGAACUUAUUUCAAGGUUGGAUCAUCAUAUAUAGCACUCAUCUGGCUUGUUUCGCCUGCUUUUGCAUAUGGUUUUUUGGAAGCUACUCUCUCCCCUGUUCGUCUACCUAAACAACUUAAGGUUGUCACAUUGGUUCUGGGUUUGGCUGCACCAGUUGUGUCCUCUGCUGGUUUGGCUGUUCGCAUGGUCGAUGUAAUUGUUGGAAGAAUUGUAGGCAUUGACAGGAAUCCUGGCGGACUACCAGACUGGCUUGGAAAUGUAAUAGUUUCGGUUGCCAUUGCUGUUGUCGUCUGUUCCACGUUUGUGUAUCUUCUUUCAUACACUCAUAUCUCAGGUGAUAAAAGAAUUCUGGGUUUACUAUUAUUCGUAUCCUUUGGUCUUUCACUUUUUUUGGCGUCAAGUGGCAUUGUGCCAGCAUUUACGGAGGAUGUCGCUCGAUCUGUAAACGUUGUACAUGUCGUCGAUACCACAGGAAUAGAUGACGGAAAUAAAGAACCAGUAUCCUAUAUUUCUUUGUUUUCCAAUACACCUGGAAAGUUGACAAAUGAAUUAGUGGACCUUGGAGAUGAAGAAUUUUCUUGUGGAAGAAAUAUGACUACUGACUUUGUAACAUUUACAAUGAAGUAUGGUUGUCGGAGUUACAAAGAGAGUAAUACUGGAUGGAGCAAGUCUGAAGUUCCUGUGCUCCUUGUAGAAAGUGAUUCAGUUGCAGGUGGUGCUCGACAGACAGUAGUAUCAGUUGAUAGCAAGUCAUCGACACGUUGGACACUUGGAAUCAACAAAGAGGAAAUCGAUGACUUCACGGUUCAAGUGGAUUCAGAGAAAAUAGUCCUACUUGGCGAUAAGAGCGAGAUAGAUGGGUGGCAUACAAUCCAGUUUGCAGGCGGCAAAAACUCGCCGACAAAAUUCCAGCUAACCCUAUACUGGUCAAACAAGGCUACCGAAACAUCUCAAAGAGAAGCUAAACAAGUGGCGGAUGUUCCUUUCCUGAUAAAACUAAGAACAGAUGUGAAUAGAGUCACACCACAGGUGGCAAGGGUUCUCGAGAAGCUGCCACGGUGGUGCACGCCCUUCGGCAAGUCCACUUCUCCUUACACGCUAGCUUUCUUGACGGCCCUUAGUGUCGAUAUUUAG